CAUCGUCCGAGUCCUUCAUAGACAACAACUAUUCAUAAGCCUUGGUGGCUUUUAACAUGCCUUCACUGGUAGUUCCAUCUCGUCGAAGGCGAACGGAGGACUCUGAUGACGAUGGGGCUUCUUCUCGCAUAUCAGGAGAAGACACCCCCGCGUCGCGGACAUCCAACGGCAGCAAGCGUAUCCGACUCCAAUCGUCUGGCGACGAGGAUGUCCGAGAUGGACAAGACGGACUAUCAGAGGAAGAUAGCGACGAAGAUACGGGUACAUCUUCCGUGCCCUCUCAGUCGAGAGAUCGUAACCUGCCCGCGAACCUGACAUCCCGAACGAACGGAUCUGCUGUUGCGCCAAAGCCAUCCGACACUCACGAGACUCCUGGCUUCAAACCAGGAGCUAUUGUGCGAAUAAAGCUGACAGAUUUCGUCACAUAUACAUCUGCGGAGUUCUUCCCAGGCCCGAGGUUGAACAUGGUGAUCGGACCAAAUGGUACGGGGAAAAGUACGCUCGUCUGUGCUAUCUGUUUAGGAUUGGGUUGGGGGCCGCAGCAUCUAGGACGUGCAAAAGAUCCUGGCGAGUUCGUGAAGCAUGGAUGCCGAGAAGCCACCAUUGAGAUCGAACUUUGGGGCCCGCCUCGAUUGCGUCGCAACCCCGUUAUAUCCCGAACGAUCAAACGUGAAGGCAACAAGAGCACCUUCACAAUAAAUGGGCAACAAGCAUCAAGAUCUCAGGUGCUGAAGCUGGCGCAGUCGUUCUCAAUCCAGAUCGACAACCUGUGCCAGUUCUUGCCCCAAGACAAAGUCAGCGAAUUUGCUGCGCUGUCACCGGUUGAACUCCUCCACUCUACGCAACGAGCCGCAGCUGGACCAGAAAUGGUUCAAUGGCAUGAGGAUCUAAAGAAGUUGCGCGCAGAACAGAAGAAGCUACAAACAGACAUCAGAGCGGACCAUGAUCUAGUUGCGAAUCUUGAGAAUCGACAAGAAUUGCAGCGGGCCGACGUUGAAAGUAUGAGACAAAGGGCUGCAAUCAAGAGACGUAUCGAGAUGCUCGAGUUUUCCCGCCCAAUCACGAGGUAUAAGGACCAUCAUACUGUCUUUCAGGCUGCAAAGCGAAGGAAGGAUGAACUCGAACGGGAGCUGGACGACCUGAAGGCGCAGCUGGAGCCUGCUCUUAGAGCCGUGAAUGCAAAACAAGAUUAUUGCUUGCGACUGGAUGAAUUUGUCAAACACAAAAAGCGGUUAGUCGACAAAGCUGAUGCCGCUGUGACAGAGAUUGGAAAGAGGAUGGAACAACACGAAGAUUCACUCCGGGAUCUGAACAACCAAGUCGAGGCAGAGAGGAAGGUCGGGAUGGCUUGUCGCCAGGAAGGUAGCAGGAUACAGCAAUCUAUUAAUGCACUUCAACGAAAACUGGAGAACGCCCCAGAGACGUUCGAUCCUGAGUGGUAUAACGAGAAAAUCAGAGAGUUAAGAGGAGAACUUCGGCAGCUCCACGACAGAGCGGAAGAGCUGCAGAAAGCGAAGGACCCUCUUGUACAGGAGAUGCGCGAAAAGACUGACCGUGUCCGACAAGCGGAACGCCAAUUGAGAAAUCUGGAUUCACAAGCUGGGCAGCAAGAAGAGAAACUAAAACGACUGUCCCCCGAUUCUUAUCGCGCGUAUUGCUGGGUCUUGGAAAACCAAGACAAAUUUGAACAUGAAGUUUUCGGGCCGCCCAUUGUGACCUGCUCUAUAAAGGACCCUAAGUAUGCUGAUGCCAUUGAAUCGCUGUUUCAACGUACAGAUUUCUCGGCGUUCACUACGCAGAGCCGGAAUGACUUUAGAACCCUUCAGAGGGCUCUGAAUAUGGAGAUGAAACUUCAUGACAUCAGUAUUCGGACCUGCUCGCUUUCUUUGAGCAGCUUACAACCGCCGUUCCCUGCUGACCAACUUCGCCGCAUGGGGUUCGAUGGUUGGGCAACCGACUUUCUCGUCGGUCCUGAACCAGUGUUGGCCAUAUUAAGCAGCGAGAAUAAGCUACAUCAAACUCCAAUUGGCCUUAGAGAUAUUUCAGACGAAGAAUUCGCAAGAAUGGAGAGUAGCUCUAUCAGCUCUUGGGUUGCUGGAAAGCAAAGCUAUCAAGUUCUUCGGAGACGUGAAUACGGCCCAAGUGCUACGUCAACUCGCGUCAGACAAGUCAGACCAGCCAGAUUCUGGACCAACCAGCCCAUGGACGUAUCGGUGAAAGAGCAAUUACAACAGCGCAUCCAGGAAUGGCAGGGCGAGAUCCAAGAGAUCGAAGGACGAAUGCAAGCUGACAGAGCUGAACUUACUCGCCUCGGGAAAAUCUAUGAGGAGAAGGAUAAGGAGAGGACCGAUCUCGAGAACGACAAGAAAAAGAAACAAAGUGAUUUAACCGAGUUUAAAGCAAUCCCGGAAAAGCUCGAGCAAUGGAACGCCAAGCGCAAGAAUAACGACAAGCGCUUAGCCGACAUGAAAAAUCGUGUUAACGAAAUCCGUAACAAGCAGGAUCAUAUUGCCAUCGAGAAAGCCGAGAUCGCUAUCGAAUACGCUAAUGCAGUGGAGAAGCUUCGAAAACUCCACGAGGACCUGGUGCUAGUCGAAAUUAAGCAUAUCGAAGGAUUGUCUGAUUUUGAAACACUGAAGGAGCGAAACAGUGAAGUUAAAGAAACACUAGAGUCAAAACGAGGCGAGGUGAAAGAGGCAAUGCGACACCUAAAGACCACGUCCGAGAUGGGAAGGAAGUUGCUUCAAGACGCGGAGCGCGUCGUCCGAGCCUCAAGUGAUCAGCCAGACCUCAAGGAGCUUCUUCCUACCUUAUCCAAUCACACUAUGGACCAACUGGAGGCGGACAUCGACUCUGAAAAAGCUCGUUUGGAGCUCACUCAUGAAGGCAGUGCCAGUCUCAUCAAAGAGUUCGAAGACCGAGAACGUCAAAUCCAGCGGUUGCGGGAGAAACUGGAAGGCUAUCAGAAGUCACUCGCAGACUACGACCAUGCCAUUAAUGAGAUCAGAGGCAAGUGGGAGCCAAAACUUGAUGCGUUAGUGCGGAAAAUCAGUGAUGCAUUCUCGGAUUCGUUCGCUCGUAUCGGAUGCGCGGGUCAGGUCAGCGUAGACAAAGCUGAGGAUCCAACAGCUACCGAGGGUGAAUCCAAUGACAGCGACUUUGAUCAGUGGUCCAUCCAAAUCCAGGUCAAAUUCCGAGAACAUGAGAACCUUUCCAUUUUGGAUUCCCAUCGGCAAUCUGGUGGAGAAAGGGCCGUCAGUACGAUUUUCUAUCUGAUGGCUCUCCAAUCGCUGUCUGCAUCUCCAUUCCGUGUCGUCGAUGAGAUCAACCAGGGUAUGGACCCCAGGAACGAACGCAUGGUUCACGAGCGCAUGGUGGACAUUGCCUGCGCAUCGUCGGAAGUUGAUAAUGACGAUGACAAAGUCGGUGGCGGUGGUGGCAGUCAAUAUUUCCUCAUUACCCCCAAGCUGCUCAGCGGGCUGGUCUAUAAGCCAGGUAUGAAAGUUCUCUGCAUUGUCAGCGGCGAACACAUGCCCGAGGAUUACACUCUUGUCGAUUUCGGCCGUGCUGUACGCCGGAUGAGGGAGAUCGCAGGCUCAGACAGCAGCCGCAAGGGCAAGGGGAAGGGAAAAGCGGUUGGAGGUUCUAGUGAGACCGCCAGGUGGAACAGCAGUGUUGACGUUGGUGCUUAGGAGACAAGCUUAAUUGAUGGAUGUUCGAUACCCUUAUGUAUGGUUUAGGGCGCUGUUUAUUAUGGGGUGCAUUUCUGCGACGAGCGACGUGACUUGAUACGCAAGUUAAGCGUGGACAUGUACAGGGUUCCAUUCCAUUUCUAUAUAAACACGAUAUCAUAACUUGCGGCAAUGUUCGACAUAUCUAGAGCACUUUUCUUGAGCAUAUGGUAGUUAAUACACACAAUGCAA